AGUCUCUUCUAGCUUGGAAAUUUUCGAUUUUUUUGUGGUCUCUCAGGAGAUGACUUUUUAUUUAUGUGUCAUGUGUGGUUUGUGUGCAUAUACACGUUGAAUCCUCUUUUUAUUGUUUACCUCCCUUUAGUAAAUGGUGGCUGGUCCACCUGGACAGAGUGGUCUGUGUGUAAUAGCCGCUGUGGACGAGGAUACCAGAAACGUACAAGGACCUGCACCAAUCCAGCACCACUCAAUGGUGGUGCCUUCUGUGAAGGGCAGAGUGUGCAGAAAAUAGCAUGUACUACAUUAUGUCCAGUGGAUGGCAGGUGGACCUCAUGGAGCAAGUGGUCUACUUGCGGGACCGAGUGCACCCACUGGCGAAGGAGGGAGUGCACAGCGCCAGCCCCCAAGAACGGAGGCAAGGACUGUGACGGCCUCGUCCUGCAAUCCAAGAACUGCACAGAUGGACUCUGCAUGCAGACUGCUCCUGAUUCAGAUGACGUUGCUCUCUAUGUUGGGAUUGUGAUAGCGGUGAUAGUUUGCCUGGCGAUCUCUGUAGUUGUGGCCCUGUUUGUGUAUCGGAAGAAUCAUCGUGACUUUGAGUCUGAUAUUAUUGACUCUUCGGCACUCAAUGGGGGCUUUCAGCCGGUGAACAUCAAGGCAGCAAGACAAGACCUUCUGGCAGUACCUCCAGACCUCACCUCAGCUGCAGCCAUGUACAGAGGACCUGUCUACGCCUUGCAUGAUGUCUCAGACAAAAUCCCAAUGACCAACUCUCCAAUUCUGGAUCCACUGCCCAACCUGAAAAUCAAAGUGUAUAACACAUCAGGUGCUGUCACACCCCAAGAUGACCUCUCUGAGUUUACAUCCAAGCUUUCCCCUCAGAUGACCCAAUCCUUGUUGGAGAAUGAAGCACUCAACUUGAAGAAUCAGAGCCUGGCAAGGCAGACUGAUCCAUCCUGCACUGCAUUCGGCACCUUCAACUCCCUCGGGGGUCACCUUAUUGUUCCCAAUGCAGGAGUAAGUUUGCUGAUUCCCGCUGGGGCCAUUCCCCAAGGGAGAGUCUAUGAAAUGUAUGUGACUGUACACAGGAAAGAAAAUAUGAGGCCACCCAUGGAAGACUCUCAGACGCUCUUGACCCCUGUGGUGAGCUGUGGGCCUCCAGGAGCCCUGCUGACCCGCCCAGUCGUCCUCACAAUGCAUCACUGCGCAGAUCCCCAUACCGAGGACUGGAAGAUCCAGCUCAAGAACCAGGCCGCACAGGGACAGUGGGAGGAUGUGGUGGUGGUGGGGGAGGAAAACUUCACCACUCCCUGCUACGUUCAGCUGGACACAGAGGCCUGCCACGUCCUCACAGAGAACCUCAGCACCUACACGCUGGUCGGGCAGUCCACCACCAAAGCGGCCGCCAAGCGCCUGAAGCUGGCCAUCUUCGGGCCCCUCUGCUGCUCCUCGCUGGAGUACAGCAUCCGAGUCUACUGUCUGGACGACACCCAGGAUGCCCUGAAGGAGGUUUUACAUCUUGAAAGACAGAUGGGAGGACAGCUCCUAGAAGAACCAAAGGCUCUUCACUUUAAAGGCAGCACCCACAACCUGCGCCUGUCAAUUCACGAUAUCGCCCAUUCCUUCUGGAAGAGUAAACUGCUGGCUAAAUACCAGGAAAUUCCUUUUUACCAUAUCUGGAGUGGAUCUCAGAGAAACCUCCACUGCAUCUUCACUCUGGAAAGAUUUAGCCUGAACACGGUGGAGCUGGUUUGCAAACUCUGCGUGCGGCAGGUGGAAGGAGAAGGGCAGAUCUUCCAGCUGAACUGCACCGUGUCAGACGAACCUACUGGCAUCGAUUUGCCACUGCUGGAUCCUGCUGGCACCAUCACCACCGUCACAGGGCCGAGUGCUUUCAGCAUCCCUCUCCCUAUCCGGCAGAAGCUCUGCAGCAGCCUGGAUGCCCCACAGACCAGAGGCCAUGACUGGAGGAUGCUGGCCCAUAAGCUAAACCUGGACAGGUACUUGAAUUACUUUGCCACCAAAUCGAGCCCAACUGGCGUAAUCCUGGAUCUCUGGGAAGCACAGAACUUCCCAGAUGGAAACCUGAGUAUGCUGGCAGCUGUCUUGGAAGAAAUGGGAAGACAUGAAACAGUAGUGUCCUUAGCAGCAGAAGGGCAGUACUGACCAUGCUGGAACUGAAAAUGAAGGACACACAUGCACAGGGAGUCUGUGGCUGUCCAGGAGAAUCACAGCCGGGGAGCAAACCCAGACCAGACCAAUGAGCUUCACAGGCACGAUCACAGCAGGAGAGAGAAGGAAAACAUACA